CUGAUCACCGUCUAAAUUAUAAAGCGUCUUUGACAAAAUGGCGAGUUCUGUCUCAGCGUGGUUCAACCGCGAAGAAUUUUUGGAAGUCUACAAUGAGAUCUUCAGUAAUGACAUAAAAAAACAGAAACAUGCUCUUGGAAGAAUUGCUGUAUGGAAAUCAAGAGUUCCCAAAUUACCAAUUGCCAUUGAAAACACUGCUGCCCUCAUUCGUGCAAGUGUGGAACAUCGUCAAGAUGCCACUUCUGGUCAGACAGACUGGGAAUCGAACCACAAACUGAGAAAUCUCUACGGAUUAGCAUUGAUUAGAUUCAUCAACCACAUAACAGAGACGAAACAGAAUAAAGUCUAUGCACGCUCACUUAUAUCCAUUGCCAAAGAGCUCGGUCUUCCUGAAUGGUUGAUAGAACUGCGUCACAGUGCCACCCACAACAAGCUGCCCUCACUGGAAAUCGUAUGUACGGCUGUCGAUUGUAGUCUCAAUUAUUUACAGGAAAAUUUCUGGACCAAACAAAUCCAACGCGAAGAAAACCAAGUUUAUCACGAUAAACCAUUGAAAGAUUUCAUAAGGACCAUGUUGAUUGAUUACCAGCAAUGCCAGUUUGAAUUAAUCCAGUCUAAAAGAAGAGAUGGUAAACAGAAACUGAAGCAGUUACUGGAAGGGAUGAGGAUGAUACUGAACGAGACCAAUCCUGAAUUUUUAUCCAUCAUACUGGAAGAAGGUUACUUAAUUCCCUCGGCUGAACAACUGGAAGCCCUUGACAUUGAUCCAGCUGAACUCCAAUCCCAGAAUGGCUUAUGGUUACCAGAUAGCCUUGUCCAGUUCUGGAAACCAAUCCUGCUGCUGCUACAUACAAUGAAAUUCACUCCUGUUGUGGUCAAGAAUUUAAUGGUCAUGGUUUGUGCCAACAACAGUGAGUCUCUGCCUGCAAGACUCACGGCUGGUUGGCUCAUGGCCAUUUUAUUCAGCGUCAACCAAGCAAAUCAGAUGAAAGACGACCAAAACUCAUUGUACAACACACCCUGUACGUUACCAUGGAAAUCCCUUGUCGAACAAGCUCUUAAAGUACCCACGAAAUACCCUCUACAUCUGGCCCUCUGGCUGUUGACAGAAUGCGAAGGACAUUUCCAAGAGAAACAACAGAAUCACCUGUUGGAGUUGAUUAAUAUUUACCUGUCUCAGAACUUGACAAACAGCUCCCUUGAUAUUCCAAACGACACCAAUGGGGAAUUAACCAAUGGUAGAGGCUACCACACUGUCGAUGAUGUUAUCCAAAAUAUCCAAAAUUCUACUCAACCGGAAUCUAUUUCCACAUCUCUCACAUCCUGGGAAAUUUCUACUGACACCAACUGGGAAAACCACUCACUAGGCUGUGUGCCAUACCACAAACUCUCGUUUUCAAACCUUGAGUUUUAUGAUAUCAACGACCUUCCGGCCAAAAAGCGGAGAAUGUUUGACCAUUAUUCCGAACACCAAAUUGCACAUGCUGACCAUUCUGAAGUGCUGUAUGUUUUAUAGAGAAAAGCUCUUCACUUUUAAAAUUCAGUCUCAUUAAACUUUCUUUACUAGUUUGA